UUUGACUAAAACCUCUAAAACCUAAAAGCAAACAAAAAAGCGAUCAAAAGGCAAAGACCGAUUAAUAGAUUAGAUUAGAGACAGACAAUGAUUCUAAAUUCUUAAUCCCAACCUUUUAUUCUUUUUUUGUUUUCUUUUUUACAAUUUAAAACAAACAAUUAAUUAAUUAAAUUUUGAAACAUGAAUUAAAUAAACCAUAUGACUUCUAUAAGUCCAUAAUUCUUUUACUUUUUACACCAAACAAAUUAAUCUUGAACUCCCUUUAUCUGUGAAAAACCUCGUCGAUUCAUUCAUCUUCUUUUUUCUCUUUCUAAAGUGAAACAAGGUAGUUGCUUGAAUUGAAUUACCUGAAAACACUCUCUCUUUCUUCGAUCUCUGCCUCAAAGCUGUUUCCUUUAAGCUCUCUUGGUCUCCUCUUCUUAGAGGAUGAGGAGCUUGUGAUAUAGAUUGAAAAAUCAAGGCUAGACUUUAAGGGUACAAUGCGGUUGUUUCCAUCAAAUUCGAGUGUGACGAAAGGGCAAAGUAACGGAGGAAGGAAUUGCGCUUUGUUGUAUCUCAAUGUAUAUGAUCUCACACCUAUGAAUAACUACCUUUACUGGUUCGGGCUUGGGAUAUUCCACUCUGGGAUUGAAGUACACGGUUUGGAGUAUGGUUUUGGAGCACAUGAGUACCCUACAAGUGGGGUGUUUGAAGUGGAACCACGAAGUUGUCCUGGUUUCAUUUUCAGACGAUCAGUAUUAUUGGGCAGCACUAACAUGUCUCGUUCAGAAUUUCGGUUAUUUAUGGAACAGCUUUCAGAUAAAUACCAUGGGGACACAUAUCAUUUGAUUGCUAAGAAUUGCAACCAUUUCACUGAUGAAGUGUGCCUUCAGCUAACUGGAAAGCCUAUUCCUGGAUGGGUAAAUAGGCUGGCUCGACUAGGUUCAUUUUGUAACUGUCUACUUCCAGAAAGAAUUCAGGUUACUGCAGUUCAUCAUCUUCCUGAUCGUCCAGCAUAUUCUGAUGAUGAGAGAUCAGAUUCUGCUUCUACAUCUUUAUCAGCAGAAAGUGAGGAAGAGGAUGCGGACCAUCAUCUGCUGACUACACCAAAUAGUGAUGUUGUAUUUCUCAAAGAAAAGCCAGUGAGGCUUGCGAAAGAACUUCUAUGAUUUUUCCUCUAACUGUAAUUUGUUUUGUUUGUGGGUCUUCCUAUUUCUUUUUCCUUCUAGCUUAUGGUCCCAAAUGCAUCAGAGCAUAUGUCAGAUCUCCUCAAGGUACAAUGGUGAUGCUAUUGACUUCAUUUUUAUUCUAAAUCAUCAUGAACCAACUUAUUCCUUUACUACGGUGCAAAGAUUUAUAUUUCUUACAACAUGAACAUCAAAAUCAUGGUUGUUACUAGAUGCUAUUAGAUUUGAAAUAAUUCCCAUGUUUUUUAUAUAUCACAUUUUGAAUGUUGUGCAUCCUGGCCAAAUGUUCAGAUUCUAUAUCAUUAGUUGCAUUUCCUUCAUCUCCUUGUUAGAAAAUUACUAUAUUCUGGCUUCUUUUGGUCGUCCAAUAUGAGAUCUCUAUUUGCUUCAAGGUUUAGUUCUUUUAAGUGUUUUUUUUUUUAUUGUGUUAUUGCUUGUAUGGCCAGAGGGGAUGAUGUUGUGAACAUAAGAAUCUGCAUUGCUUUGGAUGAAAUGGAUUUAAACCCAAUCGGAAGCUGAUGUCAGCUUUACCCUGUUAGCUAUCGUCUCAAAGUGAAAUUUUGGAUGUAAACCAACGCAAUUCUAGAACAGUAGAAGUGCAUUUGCCAAUAUGCAAAGUUGACUUGGUUUUAUGCUAGGACCUAUGUUUGUUUUGUGUCUAUCUAUAUUCAAGGUGGUAACAAUUAUCAGCAGAUUCCAAAGAACACUGAUAUGUACCAAAUAAGA